UUUUGUGGACAAGAGCCACCCUCUUCGCAGCCACACUGAAACAAUCAAUUCAUUCCAGUCUCUUCACUCUGAGGCGCCUCUCUCACCUCGUCAACAAUGGCGACCAUAGCUCCACCCUCUUCCUCCUUCUCCAAACCUUCUCUUCCCACCAAAUCCCCAAACCCACUUUCCCGAUUUGCCCUCCCCUACUUCCCUCACCCCAACAAGCACACACCUUUCCGCCCUCUCCACAUCUCCAACUCUCUCACCCCCAAAGCCGCCACCACACCUGUCACCGCCACCACAACAACCACCGCUGCUCCUCCAGACCCAGCAUCUCCAAUUCCCCGAUUUGCCCCCGACGAGCCCAGAAAAGGCGCCGAUGUCCUCGUGGAGGCGCUCGAACGCCAGGGCGUCACCACUGUGUUCGCCUACCCCGGCGGCGCGUCGAUGGAGAUCCACCAGGCCCUCACGCGCUCCACCACCAUCCGCAACGUCCUCCCCCGCCACGAGCAGGGAGGCGUUUUCGCCGCCGAGGGCUACGCGCGCGCGUCGGGGCUUCCGGGCGUAUGCAUUGCCACCUCCGGCCCUGGCGCGACCAAUCUGGUCAGCGGUCUCGCCGACGCGCUCAUGGACAGCAUUCCGAUGGUGGCAAUCACCGGACAAGUGCCCCGCCGGAUGAUCGGAACCGAUGCUUUUCAGGAGACGCCGAUUGUUGAGGUAACCAGAUCCAUCACCAAGCACAAUUACCUUGUUCUUGAUGUAGAGGACAUUCCUAUAAUUGUUAAAGAAGCAUUUUUCCUAGCUACAUCGGGUAGACCCGGCCCGGUUUUGAUUGAUAUACCCAAAGAUGUGCAGCAACAGCUUGUGGUUCCGGAUUGGGACCAACCCAUUAGGUUAACUGGUUACAUGUCUAGGUUGCCCAAAAGCCCCAGUGAGGUACAUCUGGAGCAGAUUGUGAGGUUGGUGUCGGAGUCCAAGAAACCGGUGUUGUAUGUUGGUGGAGGGUGUUUGAACUCGAGUGAGGAGUUGAGGCGGUUCGUGGAGCUUACUGGGAUCCCGGUUACUAGUACUUUGAUGGGUCUCGGGACUUACCCGAGCUCCGAUGAGGAUGACUUGUCGCUGCAGAUGCUUGGAAUGCAUGGGACUGUUUAUGCUAACUAUGCUGUGGACAAGGCCGACUUGUUGCUGGCUUUUGGUGUGAGGUUUGAUGAUCGUGUGACUGGGAAGCUGGAGGCCUUUGCUAGCCGGGCUAAGAUAGUGCACAUUGAUAUUGAUUCUGCAGAGAUUGGGAAGAACAAGCAGCCUCAUGUGUCUGUUUGUGGUGAUGUGAAACCAGCGUUACAAGGGUUGAACAGGAUAUUGGAGGGGAAAUUGGAGAAGCUUAAGCUUGAUUUUUCAGCUUGGAGGGCGGAGCUGAAAGAGCAGAAAUUGAAGUUUCCAUUGGGUUACAAGACUUUUGGGGAGGCCAUCCCUCCUCAGUAUGCCAUUCAGGUUCUUGAUGAGUUAACUGAAGGGAAGGCUAUUAUAAGCACCGGUGUCGGGCAACAUCAGAUGUGGGCGGCUCAACACUACAAAUAUCUUAGGCCUCGACAGUGGUUGACUUCGGGGGGUUUAGGAGCCAUGGGUUUUGGAUUGCCAGCUGCUAUGGGGGCCGCGGCAGCAAAUCCAGAUGCUAUUGUUGUCGACAUUGAUGGUGAUGGAAGUUUUAUGAUGAAUGUCCAAGAAUUGGCAACAAUCAAGGUGGAGAAUCUUCCUGUCAAAAUUCUGCUGUUGAACAAUCAACAUUUGGGUAUGGUUGUUCAGUGGGAGGAUCGCUUCUAUAAGGCAAACAGGGCUCACACAUACUUGGGCAACCCAGCAAAUGAGUCUGAGAUCUUCCCAAAUAUGCUAAAGUUCGCAGAAGCUUGUGGGGUACCAGCUGCCCGUGUGACGAAGAAGGAAGACCUCAAAGCGGCAAUCCAGAAAAUGUUGGACACUCCUGGUCCAUACUUGUUGGACGUUAUUGUACCACAUCAAGAGCAUGUGUUGCCUAUGAUCCCAAGCGGUGGUGCUUUCAAAGAUGUGAUAACUGAGGGUGAUGGAAGAAUAAGUUACUGAUUUCAUUUUGCAGUAUUUCAUUUUGUUUUAGUAUGUACAAUUUUGCUUAGUUUCAGUAUGAGUAAUCAUAUUAAUGCGUUCUGUCUAGCGAUCAAGUUAAGUGUUGUGCUUUGUAUUUCUUGGUUCAUUUGUGCUGAUCUAAUAAGAAUAAUGUUCUAUAUUUCA